UCCGAGAAGAUGGCGGCGGGAGAGCGGAGCGUUAGUGGUGGCGGCGGCGGCGGCGGCGGCGGGGGCCUGGGCGGACCGGCGGCUCGUUGUCACCGUGCGGGCCCGGGACCUGGUCCGGGUCCGGGCCUCGGACUGGCACGGGAGGAGGAGGAGGAGGAGGAGCAAAAGGAGCAGCAGCAGCAGCAGCAGCAGGCGGCACAGGAGGAAGGAGGAGGAAGUGGUGGUAUUGCUGGAGGAGGAGAGCCGCAGGCCUGGGGCCUCGGCCUGGUCAAGCGGGAGAGGGCAGCGGAGGAGGAGAAGCUGCCGCCGCCGCGGCCGCGGCCGCAGGAGGAGGAGGAGGCGGACGACGCCGAAGAGGAGGCGGCGGAGGUGGAGGUGGAGUUGGAAAUGGAGGAGCCUGUGGUCCGGGACAGGCCGCAGUUCUUGAACAAGCAGCAGCGGAUCCUGGCGCUGGGCCAGCGGGACCGGCGGGGAGAGGAGGAGGAGGAGGAGGCGGCCCUCCGCCUGGAGGAGGGCUGGGAGGGGCCCGGGGCCACCCCUUGGCCCCGGCCGGCCGGCUGGAACCCCCGGCGCUGCGCGGACCGGCCCCACCGGCCGCCGCGGGGGGCCUCCCACGGGGAGGGUCCCGGGGCCGCCCCGUCCCAGCGCCGGCGCAAGGCAGAGUACCCCCGCCGCAGGAGCUGCAUCUCCUUCACCUACCGCGCCGCCGAGGGCGGGGGCUGCCGCCCCGAGGAGGGGGAGGCGGAGACGGCCGAGAACAGCGACCUGCAGCGGCUGGGUGCGUCUCCCAGAGAUCCCCUUCCAGACCUGCAGACGUUGCACCCGGCACCCAUGGUGCUGAUCAAGACGAGACCGGGCCGCGGCCGGUGGCGGGGGAAGGACGGCGACAGCGAGCCGGCGGAACCCGACCCGGAGACGGCAGGGGUGCCCGUGACCCGGUGGGAGACCCACUACUGGGAGAAGGCCUCGCCCUCGGGCUUCCCACCUCCCGACGGGGAGGGGAAGGCCCCGGGCCCCGCCACGACCGCGGCCAGCGGGGCGGAGGCGGAGACCAUGCAGCUGAUCUGCGAGUCCAUCUGCGAGGCACCCCAGGGGCAGGACAGCAGCAUCUCGCUGGAGGGAUUGGCUGCAGCCGCUGCUCUUCCUGAUUCCAUCCGGGAGCCGGACUUGGUACACAGUGAGGGUCCCGAGGAUCUUGGUGAAUCCGACGAUGAGGACGACGAUGUUCCGUUCCGCGACGAUCCCAAAGAUGAAAUGUACGAACCGUCGCCGCACAGGGAACGCGGGAAGCAGAGACGGAAAGCACGGAAGGAGAAGCUGGAGACCGUCGAGCAGAUGGAGCCUCCAAAGAGGAGGCUCCAGAGACCCAAAGAAGAUAGAGGUCCCCGGCCCCCCAAGAAGCGCAAGAAGCCUCCGAUCCAGUACGUCCGCUGCGAGAUGGAGGGCUGUGGGACGAUCCUGGCGAAUCCAAGGUACCUGCAGCACCACAUGAGGUACCAGCACAUGCUGAAGAAGAAGUAUGUCUGCCCGCACCCGUCGUGCGGCCGGCUCUUCCGACUCCAGAAGCAGCUGCUCCGGCACACCAAGCACCACUCAGAUCAGCGGGAUUACAUCUGUGAGUACUGCGCCCGGGCAUUCAAGAGUUUACACAACCUGGCUGUGCACAGGAUGAUUCACACGGGCGAGAAGCCCCUGCAGUGCGAGAUCUGCGGCUUCACCUGCCGACAGAAGGCCUCGCUGAACUGGCACAUGAAGAAGCACGAUGCCGAUGCCAACUACCAGUUCUCCUGCAACGUCUGCGGCAAGAAGUUCGAGAAGAAGGACAGCGUGGUGGCCCACAAGAGCAAGUCCCACCCAGAGCUGGUCAUCGCUGAGGCGCUGGCCGAGAACUCGGAGAUCGUGCAGUCCUAGAGUCCACCCCCAACCUCCCUCUACCCACCCCCAAAACAACAGGGCUGCGGGUAGUCACCCCGGCAAGUGCCCGUCCGCCCUUCUCCCCCCCCCUCCUCUCCCCUCCCUCCCUGGUCAGUGGAGAGGAGGGGGGAGCAGGCGGGGUCGGGGGGGGAGCGGGGAGGAGGAACAUCAGAGGGAGAGAGCGCGAGGGGGCGGAAACAGCUUUGUUGGCCCACAGGGUGGAGUGCGUGUGCGGGGGCAUGUGUUCGUGUGUUGUAGGUGAGGGGGUGGGUUAUUUAUGUGAGCGCACCCGUCCUCCGGCGCGGGGGGUUGGUAGGUGUUGGGGGGGGGAGGUGUUUAGUGCGCCCGCUCGUCUCCUCAGAGGGUGCUCGGCAUGUGCGUGGGAUGCUCCCUCGUCUCAGCUCGCCAGAGGGAGGGCGCCACACCCCCCCCCAUGCACGCACUCCCACCGCCAUCCCCACCCCAGCCUCCCUCGAGACCGGGACGCGCGACGCAGGGGCGGGCGAGAGCAAAGCAGAGUGCUGCAGGGGAGGGGGGUGCGGGGUGGGCCUUGGGGGCCCUGAAUGUAGGCGGGGUGUGGGCGAGGCGCUCGCUUUUUCACCCCCUGUGGGUUGUACUGAACUGUAAAUACCUGUAGCCCAACCCUCCCCUCGGACGGGCAGUGAUGGGUGUGGCUGUUGUAAGUAGUGUUGAGCUGGUGGUGACAGGGUCUUGUUACAAUUCUAAGUUACUGGAUUACAUAGAAGAAACCAUAGACUCCACCGUGAGCACUGUUUAGUUGAAUAAAUCUGUAUAAAUAACUAUUAAAACUGAAAACAGAGAGCAAUAAACACAGUAUUUUCUUCCAACGCGUUGUCUUUCUGCAGACCGGGAGGGGCCCCGGGGGCUGGGUGAUCUCGCAGUGAGCCGUGGCCUCGCUCUCUCUCUCUCUAUCUCCGUCUGCCCGUGCGUGUGGCUGGGUUUCCGGGGGCUCGGGGUCAGCUUGCUCCCCUCCGAGGGCGGGUGAGCGGUGCUCGUUCUCUUUCUUUCUUUAUCAAUCUUUUUAUUAAUUUAAAAAAUGUACAUAUAUACAAACGAGGAGCAUUAUCUC